AUGAGCUGCUUUUGUUCUCGUGGAAAGGAUGUGAGCGUCAAUAAUUUAGGGUCAAAGUCCAACUCCAAGAGAGCUACGGCCACGAGUUUCAGUUUUCGCCAGCUUGCAUCGGCAACAGCAAGUUUCAAGGAAGUGAAUUUGAUUGGGGAAGGAGGUUUUGGAAAAGUUUACAAGGGUCGUCUCCCAACAGGCCAGGUCGUUGCUAUCAAACAAUUACGUCUAGAUGGAGAUGGUCAUCAAGGUCAUCGGGAAUUUGUCACCGAGGUCCUUCUGUUAAGCCUUCUCCAUCAUUCUAAUCUUGUUAAAUUAAUUGGUUACUGCACCCAUGGAGUUCAAAGGCUUUUGGUUUAUGAAUACAUGCCUAUGGGAAGCCUCGAACAUCAUCUUUUCGAUCCUAACUCUCAGAAAAAACCACUAAGUUGGACUACUCGAAUGAAGAUUGCUGUUGGAGCUGCCAGGGGCCUCCAAUAUCUCCAUUGUGAAGCAGCUCCACCUGUUAUCUAUCGUGACUUGAAAUCUGCCAACAUUUUGUUAGACAAGGAUUUUAACCCAAAACUCUCAGAUUUUGGGCUCGCUAAACUGGGACCUAUUGGAGAUAACACCCAUGUUUCCACCAGAGUCAUGGGAACAUACGGCUACUGUGCCCCCGAAUACGCCAUGACUGGCAAAUUAACUCUUAAAUCUGAUAUCUAUAGCUUUGGUGUCGUCUUGCUAGAGUUGAUCACUGGACGUAAAGCGAUAGAUGUCAGUAGAAAACCACGGGAGCAAACCUUAGUUUCAUGGUCUCGUCCAUUUUUGAGUGACCGCAGAAAGUUUUCGCAAAUGGUUGACCCUCUUUUGGAAGGAAAAUACCCCGUACGUUGUUUGCAUUGUGCAAUUGCUGUGACUGCGAUGUGCCUCCAGGAGCAGCCCAAUCUUCGUCCACCCGUUGGUGAUAUUGUUGCUGCAUUGGAGUACUUGGCCUCCGAGAGUAAUUAG